AUGGCAAAAUGUCCUUCCUGUGCUGGUAAGCAGGCUGGUAUGGCUCAUAAGCAAGGUGCUGGUGACACCUGUGGAUUACUCAAUGCAGCCUUUGUAUUUGCUGGUCUAGCUAUGAUGCUUAAUAUUAGGCUUUCAUAUAGUUCUGCUCCAUAUGCACUUAUUAGAUUUCAACUUCCUGAAAAUCUAUUUAGUGUGUUUGUUAGAAGAAUGGCUAGUGCUUUGGAACUCUGGUGUCUGCCCAGUAUGCUAUUGGGAAACAUAAUGGAACUAGCUCUUAAAACAUACUAUAAACUAGAUGGGUACCAGGCAGACACCGGCAACAACGGAGGUGAUAAUCUCGUCAAAGGUGGCGACUUCAGAACUCCCAGACUAGCAAAAUUAAUCGCUAUCAUAGCUCCUUCCAUUUUAACUCAAUGGUUAAACUUUCUCACAUAUGUAAUACUACUGGUUGUAUAUCGUGGUGGCGGUGACCAAGGUCAUGUUACUCGAUUCUACUUUGUGAUCGCAAUUUCUGGAGUUGUGUUUGGUAUUAAUAUGGUUCUGUUGUAUGCUGCUGACUUUAAUUAUCUCACUGUAUAUAUUGCUGGUGAAAACUGUUUUCCAGCUCUCACAUCGUUCAUACACUAUCUUACAACAUUGAUGUUUGGUAACAGAAGGAAAUGGAACAGCGACUAUGUAAUAGUCUAUAUUGACAUUGGUGUUGCAAUAAUAAUCUCCUUUGUGGCCGCUGUUCUAUGGACUCUAGCUUACGGUGUCUAUGUUGACAAUUCUGAUACUAAUGAGCUGAAGCAUAUCUUUACAUUUGGAUUCACUGAUACAAUUAAUGAACAUAUGAUCUCACCAUUUUUGAUGAUAGUUGUUGGUAUGGGACUAGUCUAUGCCAUUUAUCCAGGUAUUGCACCUGGUAUGAUUGUACCAUUCUAUCUGAUUGAUAAAAUUGAAAUGGUACUACUGAUAGCUACGAUAUUUCCACCAAUGAUAGUGGUUAUACUCCAAAUUGUAGAUAAAAAUUCUGGUUAUAGUGCUACUAAACAUUCUCCGAAAUACUACGGUGGAUGGGAAGAACAUAGUCUUCGCUAUUGGCACAUCAUUGAUGUGUUGAUCGUUGUUAAGAUCUCUCUUGCUGCCAUUUUUAUAUACUCUUUGCACUAUAGAGAAUCUUCAUUAUCUCGUGCUAUCAUUAAUCAACCCAAGAUGUCAACAUUUUUAUCAAUUACAUUUUAUAUGUGCCAUGAAUUCCUGUUGGCCAUAGGAUUCGCUGGUCAAAUCAGUAAUGCACCUGAAUAUGUGUUGAUACCCCAAUACAUAGGAGCUCUAUUUAUGAUAUUUUUGGCCUUUUAUUCAGAGGGCUACAUUAUAGAAUAUAAGAGUCACGAUCCUGAUCAUUGGCCCACAACGGGUAUGACUCCGUGGAACGCGUUCUGCUAUUGUCGUAAGAUACCCAUUAAAAUAACAAACGUAAACUUAAGUUCCUUUUUUACAACUGAUAUAAAGGGAGUUUUUUAA